AGCUGCUGCACACCGGCCUACAGAAGCGCUCAGUUAUUAUAGGAAUAGUGAUCUUAUAAUAAUCAUAUUACAAACAUUACCUGAUGCAUAUGAUUUAGAUGAUUACAGUAGAGGAUAACAAUAGAAGAUGAGUAAUAUACUGCAUGCUGCGGCUGAAGUGAAGUGGAAUAAGAGCACAGCGGUUAAACGGGCCGUAUUUCUUACUGCUGCUGCAUACAGUAUUAAAACGCUUUAUCCCAUCAUUUAUAAACGCCUCUGCCACAAACAACACCCUGAGAGCAAAGACACCUGCACAUCUGAACACAACGGCAACAAUGGACUGAAGGACAGAACUGCGUCAGAUACAGUCUCUGGUCCUGAUGACAGUCGCAGAUCGCCGGGUGUGGAUGCCCGUUUCUUCAAACAGAUCCUCUCACUAAUGAGAAUUGUCUUUCCAAAACUGGCCACUCGUGAACUCGCUUUGCUGUGUUUGCACUCAGCAGCUCUGGUAUCUCGGACCUUUUUAUCUAUCUACGUGGCUGGUUUGGAUGGUAAGAUUGUUAAAAGCAUUGUGGAAAAAGAGCCACGCAGCUUUGUGGUCAAGCUGAUAAAAUGGCUACUUGUGGCACUACCAGCAACAUUUGUCAACAGUGCAAUCCGUUACCUGGAGGGCAAGCUGGCACUAGCUGUGCGCACACGCCUUGUCGAACGUGCCUAUGCCACCUAUUUCGCAGAGCAGACGUAUUACCGUGUGGGCAACAUGGACUCCCGAUUAGCCAACCCUGACCACUCGUUGACGGAGGAUGUUGCGAUGUUUGCGCAGUCUGUUGCCCACCUUUACUCAAACCUGACCAAACCGGUGCUGGAUGUCAUCCUGACCUCCUACACGCUCAUACAGACUGCUAGGUCUCGGGGAGCUGGGGCUGCCGGGCCCACCAUGCUGGCUGGACUUGUGGUAUUUAUCACCGCCAAAGUGCUGCGAGCAUGCUCCCCAAAGUUUGGCCAGCUUGUUACUGAGGAGGCACGCAGGAAGGGGCACCUACGGCAUGCGCACUCCAGGAUCAUCAACCAUGCGGAGGAGAUCGCUUUCUAUAGCGGCCAUAAGGUCGAGAUGCGUCAGCUGCAGAAGUGCUACAAGGCUCUGGCAGGGCAGAUGAACCUGAUCCUGUCUAAGAGGCUGUGGUACAUCAUGAUCGAACAGUUCCUCAUGAAGUAUGUGUGGAGCGGAUGUGGUCUGGUCAUGGUGGCAGUGCCCAUCAUCACUGCCACCGGCUUUGCUGAUAACGAACUCGCCAACGGUCAAACACAAGUGUUAGUUAGUGAGAGGACAGAAGCCUUUACCACCGCUCGCAACCUUCUUGCUUCAGGAGCAGACGCCAUCGAGAGGAUUAUGUCCUCCUACAAAGAGGUCACUGAGCUUGCUGGAUACACAGCCCGUGUCCACAACAUGUUCCUGGUGUUUGAGGAGGUACAGAGGGGCGUGUACAAACGCUCUAUGGUCUCUGCAACGACAGAAACGGGAGAGAAGAAAAGUGGUGCCCGGCCUGAGCUGCACAUUGAUGGCCCUCUAGAAAUUAAAGGCAAGGUGAUUGAUGUGGAUAAUGGUAUAGUGUGUAAGGAUGUGCCUAUCAUCACUCCAAAUGGGGAUGUUGUAGUGUCCUGCCUAAACUUCAAGGUGGAGGAGGGCAUGCACCUGCUGAUCACCGGACCUAAUGGCUGUGGAAAGAGCUCUCUCUUCCGAAUUCUCAGUGGUCUCUGGCCUGUGUACGGGGGUCUGCUGUACAAACCUGCUCCACAACACAUGUUCUACAUCCCACAGAGGCCUUACAUGUCUAUUGGGACGUUGCGAGACCAGGUGACCUACCCAGACUCUGUGGAGGACAUGUACGAGAAAGGCUACCGGGACAAAGACCUGGAGGAUAUUCUGGAUAUCGUCAACCUCAAACACAUCGUUACCCGUGAAGGAGGCUGGGAGGCAGAGGUGGACUGGAAGGACGUACUGUCAGGAGGAGAGAAGCAGAGGAUGGGCAUGGCUCGCAUGUUCUACCACAGGCCUAAGUACGCCCUGCUUGAUGAGUGCACCAGUGCUGUCAGUAUUGAUGUGGAGGGCAAAAUAUUCCAGGCUGCAAAGGAUGCUGGGAUCUCCUUGCUGUCGAUUACGCACAGGCCAUCUCUAUGGAAGUACCACACACACCUGCUGCAGUUUGACGGAGAGGGGGGUUGGAGGUUUGAGCAGUUGGAUACGGCCACUCGGCUCUCUUUUACUGAAGAGAAGCAGCGUCUGGAGACUCAGCUAGCAGGCAUUCCAAAAAUGCAACAGCGACUGAAUGAACUGUGUAAGAUCCUGGGUGAGGAUUCGGUCCUGAAGACCACUGAGCCCAAAGAGGAUGAGUUAUAGGUGAAGGUAUACCUACACCGACAGUGAAACUGAGACGCACAUCUGACGGUACUACUGCAGUGUUACAUGUUCAUUUCAAUUUUUUAUAUCAUUUUUGAAUGUAUGAUAAAUGAGAUUUUAGUUCAGGUUUAGUAUCAGGUUGUAUUUUUAAUUACCUCAAAAAACAUCAUGGUGGCGCAGCGGGAUAUUCCGCUAGCACACCGGCACCAAGUUUCUGAACCUCUCGGUUUGAAACUCGGUGUUGCCACCGGUCGGCUGAGUGCCAUCUAGCAGGCAUAGUUGGCAGUGCCUGCAGCAGAUACUAAUUGGCCACCGUAUCUGCAGGGUGGGGGCCGGACAAUGUGUGGGUGGGUGGGUCUUCAUACGCUGUGUAAGGACCCUGAUUGGCUCUCCUUGGAUACAAUCUGGUAUCUCUCAGUAGUGGAAGACGAAAUUGAGUGCUCUAAAUCGGGAGGAAAACAUAUUAAUAAGUAUCUCUUUUAUUUUUAUAUAUAUUUUUUGCAUUUUUCUUUUUUUAUUUUCUAAUAAAUUCAAUUCUAAGCACCCUGGCUUGAGACCCUCACUGGUAGAGGAGGGCUGCAGAUGCCAUUCAGUUCUGCCAUAUAUGGAGGACCAUACUGUACUUUAUGUAUUCCUCUGUCCUGACCAGACUGCUGGAGUUCCCAUGCAGCUGCAAGGAGGUGUAUAUCCAUCUAGCAAAGGAAUAUUAUUAUUUUUGCAGCUUGUACCCACAACCUUGUAUUCAUCAUUCACAGUUCAUGCCUAUAGGUGAGGGCAAAGACAUAAAAUGACCAGCCCACAGAGCUUUGUCCUCUUUUUUGGUGUUUUUUGGGUUACCCUAAUUUCCAGAAACUCUUUUAGUCGUUCAUUUACAAGCUCACUCCACAGUAAAUGUGAUACACAUACCAGACUUGGCACAGUUUUUAUGCAUGAUACCCUUCCUGACCAACUCCUGUUUCUCAGUGCCAGC